AUGCCUGAGAAAGUCGCCUUUCUCGGCCUCGGAGCCAUGGGCUUCGGCAUGGCCACAAACCUCAUCAAGAAAGGCGUUCAAGUCACCGGCUACGACGUCUGGGCCCCCACUCUCGCCCGCUUCGUCUCGGCCGGUGGCUCCUCGGCUACGACUCCCAAGGAGACGGUCAAGGAUAUGGAGUUCGUGGUCUUCAUGGUUGCUACGGCGGCCCAGAUCAUCGAUGCCAUGUUCCACGAGGAGAAUGGGGCGCUUUUGAGCUUGAAGAAGGGGACGACGGUUAUUCUGUGUAGUACGGGCCCGCCGGAGUAUACUCCCAAUGUGAGGAAGUUGCUGAACGAGAAGGGGCGGAGUGAUGUUUUCUUGGUUGAUGCUCCGGUUUCUGGGGGCACGAUUCGGGCGGCGAAUGGGACGUUGACGAUUCUUGCUGCGGGCGAGGAAAGUGCUCUGGGAAAGGCAAAGGGGACGUUGGAGUUGAUGGCGGGGAGCAAUCUUUAUGUUAUUCCUGGAGGGUUGGGUGCAGGGACUAAGGUCAAGAUGGUGCACCAGGUGCUUGCUGGUAUUCACAUUUGUAUGACGAGUGAGGCGAUGGGAUUUGCUGCUGCAAUGGGCGUGAAUACCAUGAGAGCUUAUGAGGUGUUGAAGGCCGGGGAAGGUAUGAGCUGGAUGUUCGAGAACCGGGUGCCUCAUAUGCUUGUGGAGGACAAGACGGUAUAUUCGGCGUUGAAUAUCAUCGUGAAGGAUAUGGGGAUUGUUACUGCUGGCGGAAGAGGUGCUGGCUUCCCCCUUUUCUUGUGUUCAGUUACCGAGCAAGUUCUGGCAAGUGGAGUCAGUGCCGGACUGGGUGCUAUUGAUGAUGCAGCACUCGUUGGCGUUUACCUCCCGGAACAUCCAACCCUCGUGCUGAAAUUAGCCUCUGCAUCGACAACAGCCGAGGAAGACGACAAGAAGCUAAAGAUCGUUGUCCAAAUCAUGGCUGGUGUACAUCUUGCAGCAGCAGCAGAGGCCAUGUCACUUGGCAUCAAAGUCGGCCUGGAGCCGAAGCAGCUCUAUGGAAUCAUUGCCGGGGCAGCAGGAAAUAGCUUCAUGUUUUCUAAUCGAACUCCGCAACUUUUGAGUGGAAAAUGGACGUCGCCGAAGACUGUUGAUGAUGUUAUCGCUGAGAUGACCGUGUCGAUAGAAGAAGCGAAUAAGAUGAAGUACCCGUUGCACUUGGCAGGGACUGCGUUGCAGCUUUUCGAAUUGGCGUCGCUGCGUGGAUUGGGGAAAGAGCCGGAUGUUGCUGUAUCGAGAGUAUGGGACGGUGCUGAAGGACCUUUGUUUCCGAAAAGCGCUUAA